UCAUGGAGUGUCUCAGAUUAGAAAUAGUAUUACCUUUGUGCAUCAUAGCACUCUAUUAUUUUUAUUAUAAAAAAUUUAGAUUCUUUGUAAUAGAGGAGAAAAAGAAGGAAAACAUUAUUAGGCACAAAUAAAUAAGAGGCAAUUGUCCACCUUCAUAUCCAAAUGGAUGGUAUCGACUCUGUAGAAGUACAGAAUUGAAGAUUGGGUAAGGAUUUGUCUUAUAAUUUCAGAUAAGUAGAAGAAAUCAAAUUAGCUGGUCGACACAUUGCUUACUAUAGAGGAACAGAUAAAGUUGUUUAUGCUGUUGCUGCUUAUUGUCCACAUAUGGGUGCUAAUCUUGGAAUUGGUGGAUAAGUUAAAUUCAAGUCUUGUAUUGAAUGUCCAUUUCAUGGAUGGGCAUUUGAUGGUAAAUCUGGAUUAUGUGUUAAUUCUGAAAAAUUAGAUCCUAAAAUUGUAUCAACCUAUUGUUACAAUAAUAUUGAAAAGAUGAAUCCUAAUUAAAAAGGAGAGUAUUUAUAAAAAGUAGAAGAAGGAGAAAUUAAAAUCAAAACAUAUCUCAUAAGAGAGAUAAAAGGGAUGGUUUACAUUUGGUUGCAUAGUAAAGAAGCUAAACCAUGGUAUGAACCUAUGGUAGAAAAAUGUGAUCAUUUACAAUUAAGAGGAGAAAGCAUAAACUAUAUUAAUUGCCACAUUUAAGAAUUUCCAGAAAAUGGAGCAGAUAUUCGCCAUUUUGAUUAUAUUCAUGCAUCAGUGAGUGAUUUUAUACCCACUUGGCUUAUUAAGUUUAAGUGGAAUAUGAAAAGUAUGCCAGCUAAUGAACCAGAUUUUUAUAAAAAAAUGGAACAUCCUAAAGAAAAAAUCAGAAAUUAUUAAAAGAAAUUAUUUGAUCAUUAUCUGUCAAAUAAAGAAUUAAGACCUUAUAUGAAUGUUUUAUGUUUAGAUGGAUCUCUUAUGUUCUUUAAUAGAUGGAAAAUCAACGCAUUAUACAUAACUGGAUUUUAAAUGGGGCCAGCCACCAUUUAAUUAUAUAUUUUAUCUAGUUUAUUUGAAGUUUUUUAUAAAUAAGCCUUGCAACCAGUUGAAAAAUUCAAUCAAAAAGUCUUCUUAACAUUACAUAUAAAUUCAUAUUUACCAUAUUGGCUAAGCGCAUAUAUUUUAUCCGGAGGUUUGCGAUAAAUUAUCUCAGAUGUUAGUGUAUGGGAUAAUAAAAUAUUUGCAGCUAAAAGCUGUUAUAAUUUAAAAGGAGAUGCUGAUCCUGUAUUGAUGAGAUGGAGAUAAUGGUAUUCACAAUUUUAUGAGGGUUCAAGAGAAUUUGAAUAAAAGUUAGAUUCAUUAGAAUGGUGAU